AUGAAACAAAAAUUUCAAUUGCAGAAAAAAGAAGCAUCAACUUACCAGAGUUGCAGAGGUUGGAGCCAACGCUGGUGGACGAGGUGGAAGAGGAGUUGUCGGAGGGUGGAGGAAGAAGGUUGUUGCCCCAUAUGUUGCUGUGGCAAGCUUUGUGUUGUGGUGCGUGGUUCCCCGACAGAUACAUUUUCUUCGUCUUGGAAGAAUCCAUUGCUAUUUCCAACUUACGUCGGAAAGUUUGACUUUGACAUGGCAGAAAUGAUUUGA